UCACUGUCCUCUAAGUGAUUGCACUGUCUUCUCUCUUACCAUUAAACUUCAAUAGAAGACAUGGACAUUACCAUCCAGCACCCCUGGUUCAAACGUGCUCUUGGACCCCUGAUUCCAAGCCGUUUGUUUGACCAGUUUUUCGGGGAGGGUCUUUUUGAUUAUGAACUCCUGCCUUUGUUGUCCUCCACCAUCAGCCCUUACUACAGGCACUCUCUCUUCCGCAGUGUUUUGGAAUCAGGCAUUUCUGAGGUGAGAUCUGACCGGGACAAGUUUACAAUCAUGCUGGAUGUAAAACAUUUCUCGCCUGAAGAUUUAAGCGUGAAGAUUAUUGAUGACUUUGUUGAAGUCCAUGGCAAGCACAAUGAAAGACAGGAUGACCAUGGCUACAUCUCCCGUGAAUUCCACCGCAGGUACCGCCUGCCUUCCAGCGUGGACCAGUCUGCCGUCACCUGCGUCCUGUCUGCUGAUGGCAUGCUGACCUUCUCUGGUUCCAAGGUCCAGUCUAAUGUCGAUACCAUUCACAGCGACAGACCCAUUCCUGUAGCCCGUGAGGAGAAGCCCACCUCGGCUCCUUCUUCCUAA